CCGCAGCAGCCUGCAGCGCCGGGGACCCGUGCGCCGUGCGACCCUGGGCGGGGACAGCCCCGGGGGCUGAAGGUGCCCGGCAGCGCUCCGGAUCGCCGUUCCUCCCUGCGUCCCGCCCGCCCGGGGCCUCGCUCACCCCGCCGCUUCUCCCUCUCCCGCAGCCGUGUCGGGACCAUGUCUGCGGAGACCGCGAGCGGCCCCACUGAGGACCAGGUGGAGAUCCUGGAGUACAACUUCAACAAGGUCAACAAGCACCCGGACCCCACCACGCUGUGCCUGAUCGCGGCCGAGGCCGGCCUUUCCGAGGAGGAGACCCAGAAAUGGUUCAAGCAGCGCCUGGCCCAGUGGCGGCUGUCAGAAGGCCUACCCUCAGAGUGCAGAUCCGUCACAGACUGAGGAGAUGGUGGUCAUUGGCGGCUUCCCUCCAUGAAGACCAUCUGCUGUUUCUCUCCUCAACUUAAUCAAGCUCUUUUGGUUUUUCAGUGUAGUGUCAUAUGCUCCUCUGUUAGCUGUCCUCCUAUUUAACACAACGUUGUAUUUUUUUUUUAAUGUAUAUAACUAGAAAAGAAAAUAACAAUAGGAAGCUAUGGGCAGCUUCUGUGUAAAGCAGUGGCUUGGCUGGAAGUGGUGUGGCUUGCAUUUCCUUUGGGUCAUGAUGACAGAUGGUGUGAAAACCAUCUAAGUUUUCUUUUUGACCAUCACCUCCCAGUAACAAUUUACUUUCACCAUCCAUUUCAGAGAAGACAAGGCCUCUGUUGAAAAGGUAACAUGACCAAGAGGGAGAAACAUUUCCUUCUAAUUCUACUUUCCUAAGUCAUUUUCCUUGUGUUUCAUUUAAUACACUGAGAUUGAGUAAGAAUACAGAGUGAAUUUGAGUUAUUCAGAUUCCAUAAAGCAGUUCCUUGGAUUAUAGCUGAAUUAACUUGGAAAGCACUCAGGCUGGAAGACAGAAACUUCCACUGGCAGAAAAUCAAGUAACUAAGGAAAAAAAUCCACAGAAGUCUUGAAUUUACCUUAUUUAAAUGCAUUUGUUAAAUUCAUUUUGCUAAACAAAAUGAACAGUGUUUUGUCUCUAAAGUGAUUUUCUAAAUAAAACCUUAACAUUUUGUUGAAAAUGCAUUGAGUCCUCUGCAGAUUUUUAACUGAAUAAUAAGCAUAUCAAAGAAAAACAGAAUAGCUCAACAUAGAAGCCGCCUGACAAAAAAGCUGUCAUUUUCUAAAUCCUUGCUACUCAGAGUCGUCCAGGACUGGCGUCAUCAGCAUUAGCUGCAAGCUUGUGAGAAGUGCAGAAUCUCAGAGUCCAAUCCAGACCUACUGAAUCAGAAUCUGCAUUUUCAACAAGCUCUCCAGGUGGUGUCUAUGCACAUGAAAGCCUGAUCAGCACUGCUCUAAAGGACUCUACAGUGGAUUU